GAUGCGCGACGGAAGUUAGUACUGAGCCACACAGAGGGGAAAAUGAACGCUUGUAGGGGAUUUGCCCUUCUGAGCCGCAGUGUCCGGGAUGUGGCCCGCUGUCAGGUGCUCAGAACAAGACCAUCGCCUUGUGCAUGUGCCAUUACACAGACAUAUCGACAUGUUGCGAAUACGAGCACUGCUGUAAGUGUGCAGCCGGCUGUCCCCCAAACAACUGACAUACCGUCCAGAGUCCAGAAGCUGAUAAGCACCACUGAUGAAGCAGACAUCCUGUAUAAGAAGAUAGAAGUGUUAGCAAAAAGCCAUGACAAAUCUGUUCUGGACAGCUAUGAGUACUUUACGGUGCUGGCAGCUAAUGAACUUGGCAUCAGUGUGGAGAGGGUGUAUGAACCAAAAAGGAAAAUGGAGCGAUUUACCCUUUUAAAAUCGAUACACGUUUACAAGAAACACAGAGUCCAGUAUGAAAUGAGAACAUAUUACAGGUGCUUAGAGCUGAAACACUUGACUGGGAGUACCGCGAAUGUCUACCUAGAAUAUAUACAGCGUAAUGUCCCAGAAGGCGUUGCUUUAGAAAUCACAAAAACUAAGAUUGAGAAGAUACCAGAUCAUCUGAAAACUCCAGUAUGGGACACACCGACAGCUGAGGAACAGAAAGAGCCAUCUUGAUUUUAAAAAGCUUUAUUUAAAUUGUCGUAAUAAAUUUUUGUCUUUUCACA